AUGGGUACAAUAUGGAGCCAAUCAUUCCCUCCCUCGCCAGUCUUCACUGAAAAAGAAUGCGGAGAUCUUUCAGGAAAGGUUUUCAUCGUGACUGGCGGAGCUUCUGGCGUCGGUCGCGAACUCGUCAAGAUAUUGUUCUCCAACAACGGAACUGUCUACAUCGCCGCACGGUCCGAAGCAAAGGCUCAAGAUACUCUCACGUGGUGUCGAGCGGAGCACCCAGGGUCUACAGGCCGGGUCGAAUUUCUUUCUCUAGACUUGGAUGAUCUGACUGGUAUCAAAGCCUCUGCCGAGGAGUUCAUGUCCAAAGAGACCCGGCUGGAUGUCCUGUGGAAUAAUGCCGGUGUUAUGGUACCACCGGCAGGGAGCAAGACAAAACAGGCGAGUUCUGUCGCAUCUCUCCAAACAUCGACUCCGGGUCUGACAGUAAAAUGCAAACAGGGCUAUGAGCUACAGCUUGGCACCAAUUGCCUAGGUCCUUUUCUGUUCACCCAGAAACUACUCCCUAUUCUCACCCGAACGGCCGAAACAGCACCCAAGGGGUCAGUCAGAGUUGCUUGGGCUGGAUCAUUGGUGACCAAUUUGGGUGCCCCGUCUGGUGGGAUUGAUAUGGAAAAUAUCACAUGGUCCAAAAAGGCUGGUAGUCAGGUAGACAAGUACGCGCAGAGCAAAGUUGGGAACCUGUUUUUGGCAUCCGAAUUCGCCAAGAGAGAUAAAGCCCGUGAUGUAGUUCACGUGGCGUUCAAUCCAGGAAACCUAAAGAGUCCCCUGCAGCGACAUAUGUCUCGAAUCACUGACUCUUUAACUUCCUGGAUGCUGCAUCAUCCUAGAUUUGGAGCUUACACGGAACUGUUCGCGGGCCUGUCACCUGAGAUAAAGGCCGAGCAAACUGGAUCUUAUAUCAUCCCAUGGGGAAGAAUCUCUGUCCCCAGAAAGGAUCUGCUCGAAGCUAUGAAAAGCCGAGAAGAAGGCGGACCUGGAACUGCUGCUGCGUUUUGGAGUUGGUGCCAGACUGAAACUGCAAAGUACGAUAACUAG